CAGUGGCUGGAAACACGCUGGUUGUGUCAAGCGACUAAAUGUGUCACGGUCGCGGCGAGGAGGCGGCAACCCUGUGUGGACAGCGCCUUUCUGCCCAAGCAGCCUCCCCGGUCAGGACGUGUAAGGCAGCGCCCACCGCCCAGAAGAAACCGCUUUGGGAGACGAGCGUCCCCGGCGGGAGGGAGGUUUUGCACCUGACGAAGCUCGAAGUCGCACACAUGGGGCACAAAGUAUUCUCCAGGGACAAGCGCGUGAGAGGUUUCUGCUCCGGGGCAGCCCUGCACCGGCGCCACAGCUGUCCCCGUGGAGAGACGCCCAGGAGAGAGGAGGCAGGCGGGGCCGUGGCUGUGAGGAACUGCGCAUCCCGUGGCUCGGAGAAGCCUGUCCGCGGAGGGGGUGGCGGCGAGGACUUCCCAGCCACCUUGGGCCUGCUCCGGCCCCAGGCGGCCCCCAACUGUGGGCGCGGGCAGGGUGGCAUUGCGAGGAGGGGGACCUGCGUCGCCGGAGACUGCCCUUGUAAGUGGUGUGAACGUGGGCAAUCUCCCCGUCACGAGCACAUGCCUGCUCACCACUGGAGCGUCUACACCGCAGAGCUGUUUAGUGAGUGUAGCAGCCAGGGGGACGCCGUCAGCUGCACGCGCAGACUUGUCCACCACCAGCAGCCCCACCCUGGGGCUAAGCUGCAUGAGUGUGGUGAGUGUGGGAAGUCCGUCAGCCGAACGUCGGGCCUCGUCGAACACCAGAGAGUUCACACAGGAUCGAAGCCUUGUGGCCGUCGUGACUGUGGGCGGCCCUUUAGGACAAGGUCUGUGCUCUUUCAGCACCGUAGAAUCCACACGGGCGAGAGGCCCUAUGCGUGUGGGGCAUGUGGCAAGUCCUUUAAGCAGAGAUCCACGCUGCUCGAACACCAGAGGGUUCACACCGGCGAGAGGCCCUAUGCGUGCCGUGACUGCGGGAAGUCCUUCCAGCAGAGGUCCACGCUCACGCAGCACCAGAGGGUUCACGCUGGCGAGAGGCCUUACGCGUGCAGCGACUGCGGGCGAUGCUUUCUGCAGCGAUCCACGCUGAGCAAACACCAGAGAGUUCACGCUGGGGAAAGGCCUGACGCGUGCCGCGAGUGCGGGAGAGGCUUCAGGACGAGGUCCGUGCUCUCUCGACACCUGAGGACUCGCACGGGAGAACGGCCUUAGGCGUGUGGGCAAUGUGGGAAGUCCUUUAGGCAGCGAGCCACGCUCACGCAACACAAGAGGGUUCACAGCGGAGAGAGGCCUUUCGAGUGCAGUGAGUGAGGAAGAGCCUUCGGGCUGAGUGCACCAGCACCAGAGUCCACGCCGGAGAAAGGCUGUGCGUGCGGUGGAGAUGGAAGGCCUUGGGGGCGAGGUCUGAGCUCUUCCGACACCUGAGGACUCGCCCUGAGUAAGUCUUGCUGAGUGGGAAUGUGGGAGAUGCUUCAGGCACAGGUCCCCCCGGGGGGAGACCGGAGUAGCGCGCAGUGCUGUGAAUGUGGGAAGUGCUACGCCUGCGAAAAUGGGCCCUACUAAAUACCAGCAGGUUUGCACCUCGAGGUGCUGUAGGAGCGUGGGGACUGCAGAACUCCCUUGGCAGCACCUCCAGGCUCGCCUCACGGGUCACCCUGAAGAGAGGCUUUGGGGGUGCAGUGAGCGUGGGGCGUUCUUUGGCGUAGUUUCAGCUGGUUUACACACGAAGUGUCACAGUGGAGGGAGGCCUUAUUUGGGGAAUGUGGGAGCACCUUCCUGUGUAGACUGAACGUGGUUUAGCGCUGGUGAGAAAGCCUCUGGCAGGCAGGGGGCAGGCUGUUCCCUCAUUACUUAAGUAGUGAAGAAGCUGUGUAUCGCUGUGGAAGGAGUUGUGCCCGAAAUAUCCAGAGUGGGGCCUUCCUGGUGGUGCAGCAGCCCUCUCCUCUCUCCCCGCUGCUCCCCUCAGCAGUGCAAUUCAGUGGAUCUGCCUGUUCUGCUCCCCACUCUGUCUGUGGUGACUCCUCUGGCCUGCACCCCAGUUCUAGGCAAAAUAAAUAAAUAAACCAGACUGAGAUGCCCCAUUAAUUCUACUCUAAGGAGCUGCACUGUUCAGCCUCCUCCUGCCAGCUGGGUGUUCUUGCCAGUUUCUGUGGCCAAAGACCCAAGACAUUUCACCUUAACCGCCUGACAGGCCUGACCCUGACCCUGCUGGAGGAAAUACUGCCUGAUUCUCCGGCGCCCUCACUCCCUGACUCCUUAGGGCCUGACCCUGCGUGGGCUCGGAGGAUGCCCUCAGGGUUCUCGCGUGGCUUGCAGGGAAGGACCAGCUUUUUCGGAAGCCCUUGGUGCAUGUUUUCAGCCUCCACUCUCUGGCCUGCCUGCUGCACCUGUCCUGGCUCAUCCAGCAUUAGGUCUGUUGUUUAAUGUGCCCUGUUCGUUGUUGGGAUGGUUUGGAAGUGAACUAGACUGUGAGGCUGAAGGGCCAACACCUUUUGUGAGGCCUCUGGUUCUCUGCCUGAGACACAGUAGAGACUGCUCAGCUCCGAUCUGUAGGUUUGCUCUCCGCGGCCUGCUGGGGACACGGGUGGGCUUCCUGGAUGUUGUGGCCUGGACACCAAAGCUGCUCUGAGGCGACGUGGACAUGGGAGCGUGCAGCGCGCGGUUGAUGUCGGGCCGGCCGCGGUGUUCAGUACUGGGCAAACUCUGAAAGCCAGUCAUGGCCACCCUCGCCCGCCUAUUUGCCUCCUCCCCAUU